UGAAAUCAUAUAAAAGGAUACAUAUUGUAGAGUUUCUCAAACCAUUUCGGUUUCAUUUGCUAGUUGCUGGUGGUGAACUGGACAUUACCCUUCCCUCAAAGAUGCAGUGUGAAAAUGAUUACCAAGUCAGACAGAUCUGCCUUCCACCUCCAACCAUCUUGGUGAAGAAUUUUCCUGUGAAAAAUCGUGUGGAUCCCUGUGGCACCGUCUGUAACAUCCAGUGCUUGCCUCCACGUGUGGAACCCUGCUGCUAUCGAGGGGUUCCUCGGGGCACCACCACUUACGUGAACCUGAGUAAUCUUGGUGUGACACAGACUGCUGGUUGCGUAGAUCCAUGCUGCCUUGGACUCACCACACGUGUGUCUCCGUGCUGUGAGGAAGUGACCAAGUGCACCACCAAGUGUGCAGUCCCAUGCUGCUGCAAAGUGACCGAGUGUAUCACCAGAUGUGAAGAUUCAUGCUGUGAGGAAGUGACCAAGUGCACCACCACAUGCGAGGAUCCGUGCUGCAAGGAGGUAACCAAGGGCACCACAACAUGCGUGGAACCAUGCUGUGGAGGUGUGAGUGAAUGUACCACCGAGUGUGUGGAUCCAUGCUGCCAGGAAGUGACCAAGUGCACCACCAGAUGCAUAGAUCCAUGCUGCCAGGAAGUGACCAAGUGCACCACCAGGUGCAUAGAUCCAUGCUGUAGACCUGCGACCAGAUGUGCCACCACAUGUGUUGAACCAUGCUGCCAGGAAGUGACUAAGUGCACCACCAGAUGCAUAGAUCCAUGCUGUAGACCUGUGACUAGAUGUGCCACCACAUGUGUGGAACCAUGCUGCAGCAAAGUGACCCAAUGCACCACCACAUGUGUUGAUCCAUGUUGUGGGGAAGUGACCAAAUGCACCACCAGGUGUGUGAACCCGUGCUGUAGAGAGGUGACAAGGUGUACCACCAAGUGUGUGGAACCAUGCUGUAGAGAAGUGGCAAGAUGUUCUACCCGGUGUGUUGAUCCAUGCUGUAGAGAAGUGACAAGGUGUACCACCAGGUGUGUGGAUCCCUGCUGCAGAGAGGUGACCAAGUGCACCACUAAGUGUGUGGAUCCAUGUUGCGACAGAAUGACCAAGUGCACAACACGGUGCGUAGAUCCAUGCCGUGGAGGUUUCACCAGAUGCACCACUAAGUGUGUGGAUCCAUGCUGCAGCAGAGUGACCAAGUGCACCACCGAGUGUGUGGAACCCUGCUGUGAAAAAGUGACCAAGUGUACCACUGAGUGUGUGGAACCCUGCUGUGAGCAAGUGACCAAGUGCACCACCUCAUGCGUGGAUCCGUGCUGCGAGCAGGUGAUCAAGUGUACCACUGAGUGUGUGGAACCCUGCUAUGAGCAGGUGACCAAGUGCACCACCUCUUGUGUGGAACCCUGCUGUGAGCAGGUGACCGAGUGCACCACCUCAUGUGUAGAACCCUGCUAUGAGCAGGUGACCAAGUGCACCACCUCAUGUGUAGAACCCUGCUAUGAGCAGGUGACCAAGUGCACCACCUCAUGUGUAGAACCCUGCUGUGAGGAAGUGACCAAGUGCACCACCACAUGUGUGGAUCCGUGCUCUGAGGGCGUUCAGGUUGUAACGAAGUGCGUGGAUUCCUGUCCCACUGCCUGUGUUACACAAGCUGUGCCUGUGUGCGUGUGCGCCUCUACCUGUGGCCGGCCCUACGCCAUCAGAUGUGCAGAUGUCUGCUGUCGUAAAUGCAAGGCUCCUUUAGUGGUCUGGUGUCCAUACCCCUGGGCUCCCUUGUUUCCGGAGAUGAGUCCGUGCAAACCAUAUAAAAAGGUUCCCAUUUUAAUGCUCACACAAGUUCAUUUGACUUCUCCCUCACUCACCUCUAUUGGUGAACUGCUUUACCAGCACAUCAGAAGUAUGUCUUUUUGCGAGCAGUGCAAGCAGCCCUGCCUGCCCCCUCCCAUUUGUGUGCAGAAAGCCACCAAGUGCGUGGAGCCCUGCCAGACGGUGUGCGCGGAGCCCUGCAGCAGCGUCUGCGUGAAGCCAUGCCCCACGCCGUGCAUGGAGGUCUGCCCAGCGCCCUGUGCCACUCAGUGCACCACGUCCUGCACCACCCAGUGUGUGGAGCCUUGUGUCGCCCAGUGCGUGGAGCCUUGCACCACCCAGUGUGUGGAGGUCUGUCCCCCCACGUGUAUUGAUGCCUGCAUAAAGCCAUGUGCCACUCAGUGCCCAACCCACUGCACAACCCAGUGCGUGGAGCCCUGCACCACCCAGUGCACCACCAAGUGUGUCGACUCAUGUGAGACCGUGGUCCUGGAGCCGUGCAGCACGUGCUGCUCUCGCCCAUGCUGAUUGCUUUAACACCUGAGCCUGGUGUGCAGUCCUGAUGUUUUGGUGCAUUGCAGUAUCCAUAGGCUUGUGAAUAUCCAUGGAAUGAAAACCAGGUUACAGACCCCACUGCGAUGUAACGAGAUGUCUCCCAGACUGGUUACCCCAUGCUCUCUCUGUCUUAAAAAAUACUUCUUUGAAUGUUUCCAGUCUGUAUCUUUCACUCCUAUGAUACUUCUGCUCCUGCUAUCACAGCACUUUUUUUGUUGGUAACUGCAGUUGGCCAAUACUGAACUGCUGGGCAUCUUGGGAAAUUAUUUUGCAAUGGCUGUACUGUAAGCAGUUGAUGUUGGAAGAUGUCUCCCCUUCUGUUCUUUAAUUCCCAUCUUGUCUUCUGAUGUAUGUCCUCUUAUCUUUUAAUGUCUAUGUGCAGCAAUAAAAAUUGACCGUCGAUGGCAUAA